AUGAAAGUAUCGAAACAAUAGAUUUAACAGACAAGGAAUCAUUACACUCAUCAAACAACGAACCAUUACAUUCAUUAAGCAUGGAACCAUCAAAUUCAUUAAAUAUAGAACCAUCAAAUUCAUCAAAUACGGAACUAUUAUAUUCAUCAAGCAGAGAACCAUUAGAUAAAGAAUCUCUACCCAAUGUGUUUGAAAUAACAAGCAAUAAGACUAUCGAAUCAGAAACUUCUGUAGUAAAAAAACCUGUUAUUA